AGUUCAGUUGAGCCAACAAGUUGGUAUGGUUGCUCGAUCCGUUCUUAAUGCGAGAGAGGGAAUUAAAAGCAGAGUGAGUCGAGUGUUACAUAGGAAGUCGCAGUGGUACGGUGCAACAGAAGGUGUGUUAGGAUUGUAAACCUGUGAAGUUUUUCUAUGAUAAAUUUACUUGCAUAUACGUCGCAGGAAUUUUAAUUAAACAAGAUUCGUAUUUAAGAAACAAAUGAUAUGGCGGAAGCUCACGCGGCUGUAGCAUUUAGUUUUUCUAUUACUCACGAAGGAUGGGAUGUUAAUUUUGAUAGAGAAGUUUUACACUUGGUGUGGGCGUCGGGUAUCCGCUCUUGGAAAAAGAGGUUCUUCAGAUUUCUUAACAACUUGAGAAGCGGAGUGUAUCCUGCUUCUUUGCAAAGCUUAUGGCUUACCAUAGCUGUGGUAACUGCAAUCCAUUUCGCAGGAUACAAGGUACCUUACGACCUUGUCGGUAAAACCGCGCCAUACCUUUCAGGGUCUUGGAUACUGGCACACUUGGCAGGAUCGUUUGUAGUUGGACUUGUUUUAUGGAUGGUUGUGAUAUAUGCGAUUCGAUACACGUUAAAAUUAUUACUUAUAUACAAAGGAUGGAUGUACGAAUCAAGAGAAAAAGGAUCUACCGUUUCGAGGGGCACGCGAAUUUGGACUUGGUUGGUGAAGUUGCUCCUUGGAUGGCAUAAACCGAUGCUGUACAGCUUUCAAGGAUCUUUACCGCGGCUACCGUUACCAUCUGUAAAAGACACUAUGGCGCGGUAUUUACGAAGCGUGCGGCCAUUGCUGGACGAUGAAAAUUAUACUCGUAUGGAGGCAUUGGCCAAUGAAUUUCAAAAUGGAAUCAGCGUAAAACUUCAGCGUUAUCUAAUUUUGAAGUCCUGGUGGGCCACUAAUUAUGUUUCCGAUUGGUGGGAAGAGUACGUUUAUUUGCGCGGCCGAUCCCCCAUCAUGGUGAAUUCAAACUUUUACGCCAUCGACGCUAUUCUCAUGCAUCCUACUACCGUACAAGCUGCCCGUGCUGCAAGCGUUAUUUAUUCAUGUUUGCAAUACAGACGCCUGAUCGAGCGACAAGAAUUAGAACCGAUUCUGAUUCAAGGCCUAGUACCAUUAUGCUCCUGGCAAUACGAAAGAGUGUUUAAUACUACGAGAGUACCGGGACGCGAGACGGAUAAAAUUGUGCAUUACCAGGAUUCGAAACACGUGGUUGUCUACCACAAGGGCAGAUACUUUAAAGUUCUUAUUUAUCACAAAAACAGAAUUCUUCAACCCUGUGAAAUCCAAGUUCAAAUGCAGCAAAUUUUAGACGAUAAAUCGGAACCGUCGGACGGCGAAGUAAAGUUAGCUGCAUUAACAGCCGGUGAAAGAACAGCAUGGGCGAAUGCAAGGGAAACGUAUUUUGCGAAAGGAGUAAAUAAGGCGUCCUUAGAUCUUAUUGAAAGAGCAGCAUUCGUAGUUGUGUUGGACGAUAUACCAUACAUAUACGAUCCGGAUGAUCCCGAGAAAUUAGAUCAGUACGGUCGAAUUCUAUUACACGGUAAAGGAUACGACAGAUGGUUUGACAAAUCUUUUACUUUGUGUAUUGGCAGCAAUGGCAGAACCGGUUUUAAUGCUGAACACUCUUGGGCAGAUGCUGCGGUGAUGUCACAUUUGUGGGAGUACGUGAUGGCUGAGGAAAUCGUCGAUAGAGAAUUUACGAAAGAUGGGCAUACCAAAGGUGCACCAGAGUUCACGCCUCCGCCUCCUACUCGACUCCAAUGGGAUUUAGAUGUAAACUGCAUAUCUGCUAUUCAACAGUCAUAUCAAGUUGCACAGACGUUAUUAAACGACGUCGAAUUACGCAUUUAUGUACACGAUGCGUAUGGUAAAGGCUUCAUGAAAACCAAUUCCAUGUCACCCGAUGCAUAUAUACAAUUAGCUCUUCAGUUGGCCUAUCACCGUGAUUCUAAUAAAUUUAAUUUAACGUACGAAGCUUCCAUGACUAGAUUGUUCCGCGAAGGAAGAACGGAAACAGUGAGACCAUGUACAAUCGAGUCUACAGCGUGGGUGAAAGCAAUGGAAGACAAGGAAGCGACUGUGGAUCACAAGUACAAAUUAUUGUUGGCUGCAGCAAAGCAACAUCAAAAAGCUUAUCAAGACGCUAUGUGCGGUAAAGGAAUAGAUAGGCACCUGUUCUGUUUGUAUGUAGUAUCAAAAUAUUUAGAAGUCGAUUCUCCCUUUUUAAAGGAAGUUUUAAGCGAGCCGUGGAAAUUGUCUACUUCGCAAACCCCACACGGUCAAACCUCGUUAAUAGAUUUGAAAAAACAUCCAAAUUGUAUUUCCGCGGGAGGCGGUUUUGGCCCUGUUGCCGAUGAUGGUUAUGGCGUUUCUUACAUCAUUGCUGGAGAAAAUCUACUAUUUUUCCAUAUUUCGUGCAAACGUACCUCUCCCGAAACGAAUGCCGCCAGAUUUGCUAAUCGAAUAGAAAAGGCAUUGGCAGACUUGAAGCUUUUGUUCCUGGAAAGAAAGAAACUUCAAGCUCAAAAGAACGGAGCUAUGUAAUUACAGUGUAAGAAGGAAAAAUACAUUCAUUAUGUAUUAGCGGAAAUUUCGUAAUACGGAAUACUUUUUUUUUUUUUUUUUUUUCCAAGUGUUCGUAAAAGAUCGUAUAUUCGAUCAGUAUUAUUAAAAAAUUUCGUUAUUUCUAUGCUUGCCUAAACAAGUUCUCGACACGAUAGUUUUAAACAAUAUCAACGAAAGGAACCAAGUACAAUUCAUCCGACAUAUAAACCGAGCUUUUUUCAUCGAUUUACUUGUAAUAUUUAAGCAAUUUUAUUAACGAAAAAUUUCUAUUUUAUAUCCUUUAGUACUGUACAUUGAAUGGUAAAGCGCACAAAAUCUAGCUAUAGUCAUUUUUAUAUAGAUAUUUGUUCGAGAGAUUUUUAAACGAAAAUACGUCAAUUAUAGCAAUCGAUAAGAUUUAAUCGUUCGAAAUUUUAAGAAAUGGUGUUAACACUUGAAUACUUUUGCUCUUGGAUACUUUCUUUCUAAAUGAUGGACGAGUUUAAGGGAAAAAUAAACAAAAGUAUGUAGAAGACUGUGCCUCGCAAUAAAAGUGUAAAGCGGAAUUUUAAUUAGACCGUUGACUGGACAAUAGAAUCAUAUUCUAUAUUUUAUUGCAGAUGAUAGCCUAAAUGUAUGUUCGUUACAGUAUCGGGCUUAAGUAUUCAAAGUAAAGAUAAAUAACGUGUUAUAGUUGAUCUUUUUAUAUGAAGUAUACAUAUAUGAAAAUAAGCAAUUGAAUAUUGUUAACUUUACAUUAAUGUUAAGGAUAACAUUCACUACUAUAUUUUGUUACCCCCGAUACUAUACUUACAGAAUGGUUGAUAAUAUAACAACUUCAAUGCAAUUAUAUAACAUUACAUUGUUAGAAUUAUCGAAUUAGUUAGCAAUACAAUUCGCGAUACAUUGUGUAAUAUUAGAUAAAUACAAAAUGAACUUUGCGUGAAUCUCAACAAAAGCAAGCCAACUAUUUUAAUUAAAUGUGAAAAUUUUUACAAGUUAUUCAUGACCUUAGAAAUUGUAUAUAGCGACGGCGCAUCAGUUUUAAUUAGUAUAAAAAUAUGUGAAAUAAUACGCCAUAAAUUAAUAUCUGCAACCUAUCAAUGCAAAGUUUUAAUAUUAUAAAUAGUUUUAUAUGUAUACUGUAUUAAUCUUUUUACUAUAUCUUUGUUAAAAUUAUAUUU